AAAGGUAAGCACUUUUUCUGUGCAAAAAAAAAUAAAAAAAUUAAAGACCAAAUGUCACCCCCAAUAUGUCAUCCCAAUUUUGUUUUUUUCAUCGACGAACCCGCUGCUCUGUUUCGCAUAUUUGUCAAGCAUGUUUGUGAGACUAACACGAACAUUUACACAAACUUUCAGAAGUUUUUGAUUUUUUUUUACAUUUAUUGUUCAUCCUAUGCUCCCGGAAGUCAAAACGCCCCUCCCAAUAACUUCUUGAAACCAAAGUUACCUUUGUAACAGCUUUUUGGCAAAAAAAAGAAGAAACUUUUUAUAGCUUAGACGGCUAGUACACUACAACCAGUCACCCACGAAGUCCAAGCAUUGGAUAGUCCCAUGCUCAAUGCUUGUUCAACUCUUUUCUUGGCCUCCAAUGACAAAUCAUCUUGCAGUAGGACAGCUCGCUUAAUUACUCCACUUGCCUUUUCUCCAGUAGAAAAUCUUUUUUUAUUUUUGAGAUGUAGUACCCUUCAUUUUUGUUAAGAGUCACUUGCAUAUGGGCCAUGCUUUUCAUAAAGUUAUGAUAUGACAAGAGUGACGCAGGUGACCCAUCUGCAGUUGAUGUACAUGAGCAUUACAUGUGCGUGCUGCCUGCCAUUGGGUUAAAAUGCGGUACGAGACUCUUAACAAUAAUUGCAUCCGCAUAAUUUCGCUGUAUACCCGACAAGGCCUACGCAGCUGUAAAGCAGACAGGCCCAUGGUUACGUUCACAUGGCACAGCCACAACCAUGGUUAGGCCAAACUAAAACAAAAACUCCAUCAGAAUCUUGCAGCUAGUAUGUACCCACAUUAGUCGCCCCUCUUCCUGCACUUCUCUCCACUCUGACCACACACCAAGCACAAACCAAGAGAUGGCUUCGAGAGAGGAGUAAGUAGAGAGAUCAAUGGAGGUGGUCAGUGCUUCGCAUGGCGUGCUGGGUCCCCUCCUGGGGAAGCUCACCGAUUUGCUUGCUCGUGAGUAUGCCCGUUUGAAAGGCGUCCACCGCGAGAUCCGGUCACUCAAAUCCGAGCUGACCAGCAUGCAUGCAGCGGUUCAGAAGUACAUGACGCGGCAAGAUCCUGAUGUCCAGGUGAAGGCGUGGAUAUCGCUGCUGAGGGAGUUGACAUAUGACAUCGAGGAUGUCAUCGACAAGUUCAUCUACCAGCUCGGUAAUGGCGGCCAACAUCAGGGUGGCUUCAAGGAGUUCUUUCGCAAGACUGCUCGCCGGCUCAAGACGCUGGGCUCUCGUCGUGGAAUUGCCAACCAGAUUGAAGAUCUGAAAAUUCGUCUCAAGGAGGUAAAAGAGUUGAAAAGUAGUUACAAGCUGGAUGGUGUUCCCUUUGAACAUUCAGCUGUGGAUCCCCGCUUGUCUGCUCUUUUUGUUGAGGAAGCACACCUUGUGGGCAUUGAUGGUCCAAGAGAUGAUCUUGCUAGUUGGAUGUUGGAAGAUGAAAGUAGCUCAACCAAGCAUCGCAAGGUGCUGUCGAUUGUUGGCUUCGGUGGAUUGGGAAAAACAACACUCGCAAAGGAGGUCUACCACAAGAUCAAAGGGCAUUUUCAUUGUCAGGAUUUUGUCUCCGUCUCGCAAAUACCAAAUGUAAAGAAAAUUAUGAAGGAUCUGAUCUCCCAACUGCCUUGCAAGAAAGAUUUUAAAGAAGGUAUCGACGCUUGGGAUGAAACAAUAUGUAUUGCGAAGCUACAAGAACUCUUACAAGAUAAGAGGUAA